UGCCCAUCUGCAACUCAGAUCCACUCACAGUAGCUAGAGGAAAAGAAACAGUAGGCAAAGUUAAGAAGGGAGAGAGGCUGAGUAUGGAUAUGUUGCAGGACUGGACCCUGGCGUACCCGCCUCUGGCCCGGCUGCUCUGGGUGUUCGUGCUGGUGUUGGCCACUGUCCUGGUUUGGUGCCUGUUCUUCUGCUGUUGGGGAAGCCAAAGCUCCACCUCCCCUCUGGAGAGAUACCUCUCAGCAAUGGAGAAAAAGUCCAAGACAAAACCUCAAAAUCAGCGGAAGAAGAAGCCAAAGGACAAGGGCGUCUCUGCAGCUCUGUUGAAUGAAGGGAUUGUUGGUAUGAUCAAACUGGCAACCCCUUUGUCUAAAGAGAAACAGAGGAAGAAGGAAAAGGAGAAACAAGGGAAAAAGACAGAAGAAGAGGAGGGAAAGAAUGAGGAAUGGAAAAAUAAGAAGAAAGAAGAAAAAGAAGAAAAGCCCUCCACACUGAAGAAGAGGAAUAAACGGCACCUGAAAGUCACAAUUGCACCAGACACAGUGAUGUCAGAAUCGUCUUGGCAGGUCAUGUCAGGGGGUCGUCGACGGAUGCUGGAGCGGUCUGCAUCGGAGGAGACCGCAAGUGACCUGAGUUCCUCACAUUCUCCUGGAGACACCUUGCCAUGGAACCUCCCCAAACACCAACGCGUCAAACGCUCCAAAUCUGCAUCCAGUGACGUCCUGGACCCUGCCGAGAGAGCGGUCAUCCGUAUUGCAGAUGAACGGGAUCGAGUGCAGAAAAAGACCUUCACAAAAUGGGUGAACAAGCAUCUGAUGAAGGCCCAGCGACACAUCACAGACCUGUACGAGGAUCUCAGAGAUGGACACAGCCUCAUCUCCUUGCUGGAAGUGUUGUCUGGAGAGACACUGCCCAGAGAGAAGGGCCGUAUGCGCUUUCACAAACUACAGAAUGUACAGAUCGCACUGGAUUUCCUCAAACACAGACAGGUGAAGCUGGUAAACAUCAGAAAUGACGAUAUCGCUGAUGGAAAUCCGAAACUUACCCUUGGGCUGAUAUGGACCAUCAUUCUUCACUUCCAGAUCUCUGACAUCCAGGUGAACGGUCAGUCAGAUGACAUGACCGCCAAAGAGAAGCUGCUGUUGUGGUCUCAACGCAUGGUGGAGGGCUACCAGGGCCUGCGAUGUGACAACUUCACCACCAGCUGGAGAGAUGGGAAACUCUUCAACGCCAUCAUUCAUAAACACAGGCCGAAUUUGAUUGACAUGAAUAAGGUCUACCGACAGACCAACCUGGAGAAUCUGGAGCAGGCCUUCAGCAUUGCAGAAAGAGACCUGGGCGUCACCCGCCUGCUGGAUCCUGAAGAUGUGGAUGUGCCGCACCCAGAUGAGAAGUCCAUCAUCACGUAUGUCUCCUCCAUCUAUGACGUUAUGCCCAGAGUUCCUGAAGUUCAAGAUGGAAUCCAGGCCAAUGAGUUAGAAUUGCGCUGGCAAGAAUAUUAUGAGCUGGUGACCAUGAUACUUCAAUGGAUCAGACAUCACAUCAUGGUGUUUGAAGAAAGAAAGUUCCCAACCAGCUACGAGGAGAUUGAGGUUCUUUGGCGCCAGUUUCUAAAGUUCAAGGAGACUGAAUUGCCUGCAAAGGAGAUGGACAAAAAUCGCUCCAAGCUUAUUUACAAGUCAUUUGAGGGUUCUGUACAGGUGGGUCAGAUCAAGGUUCCCCCUGGUUACCACCCCAUUGAUGUGGAAAAAGAGUGGGGUCGUCUGCACGUGGCCAUACUGGAACGAGAGAAACUUCUGCGCUCGGAGUUUGAACGGUUGGAGCGUCUGCAGAGAGUAGUCAGUAAGGUGCAGAUGGAGUCGGGUGUGUGUGAGGAACAGCUCAACCAGGUUGAAACACUGUUACAAACGGAUAUACGUCUUCUGAAUGCAGGAAAACCCGUCCAGCACGCAUCUGAGGUCGAGGUGGAUCUGAACAAGGCCGAAAACAUGAUCCGAUACCUUUUCAAUGAUGUGCAGUUGCUGAAAGAUGGGCGCCAUCUACAGGCAGAACAGAUGUAUAGAAGGGUUUACCGCCUCCAUGAGCGAUUGGUGAAUCUGCGCAGCGAGUAUAAUCUGCGACUGAAGUCAGGUGUGACGGUAUCACAGGUGCCCAUGACCCAGGUGGCUAUGACACAGGUCUCUCAUGUCCAAACGUUGCAGCAGUCUCCUCAACGCAUAAGACCUGAGCUAGAUGAAGUCACCCUCAAGUAUAUUCAGGACCUUCUGGCCUGGGUGGAAGAGAACCAGAGGCGGAUUGAUGCGGCAGAAUGGGGUGAAGAUCUCCCCACUGUGGAGUCUCAACUCGGCAGCCACCGUGGCCUUCAUCAGUCUAUAGAGGAUUUCAAAUACAAAAUCGAUCGUGCACGAGCAGAUGAGAGUCAGUUGACUCCAGUCAGUAAAGAAGCCUAUCGGAAAUGCUUGGGCAAACUGGACCUUCAGUACGGCAAGUUGCUGAACUCCUCCAAGGCUCGUCUGCGCAAUCUAGAUCAGCUGCAUGCUUUUGUUGUAGCCGCCACCAAAGAGCUGAUUUGGCUGAGUGAGAAAGAGGAGGAGGAAGUAAACUACGACUGGAGUGACCGAAACUCCAACAUGACCGCUAAGAAGGACAACUAUUCAGGUUUGAUGCGAGAACUUGAACAGAGAGAGAAGAAGGUCCACACAGUCCAGGUGACCGGAGACAAACUUCUAAAAGAUGGCCAUCCUGCUAGAAAGACUAUUGAAGCCUUUACUGCAGCUCUUCAGACUCAAUGGAGCUGGAUCCUUCAGCUGUGCUGCUGCAUCGAGACCCAUCUUAAAGAAAACACAGCUUACUUCCAGUUCUUCUCAGAUGUUAAAGAUGCUGAAGACAGAAUGAAGAAGAUGGAGGAGACGAUGAAGAAGAAAUAUGUGUGUGAGCGUGCAAUCACAGUCACACGGCUAGAAGAUUUGCUACAGGAUGCAGCGGAGGAGAAAGAUCAACUAAAUGAGUUCAAGACUCACCUGGAGGGUCUCAACCGGAGAGCCAAAACCAUUAUUCAGCUAAAACCGAGAAACACAGCGCACCCCGUCAAAGGCAAAUUACCCAUUCAAGCUGUUUGUGACUUCAAACAAAUGGAGAUCACAGUACAGAAAGGAGACGAGUGUUUCCUGAUAAACAACUCCCAGCCGUACAAAUGGAAAGUGCGAAGCUCCGGUGGAAGUGAAGCCACAGUACCAUCCAUCUGUUUUUUAAUCCCUCCAACCAACAAAGAAGCAGUCGACCUGAGUUCAAGUUUGGACGCGAGUCAGCAAAGGUUGAUGGUCUUGUGGCAGAAGCUUCAUGUCAAUAUGAAGAGUUUGCUGUCUUGGCAGUACCUCACGCGAGAUAUCCAGCUUAUCAACUCUUGGAAUUUUAUCAUGUUUAAGACAUUAAGAGUCGAAGAAUAUCGACUGGCUCUCAAGACCUUAGAGGAACACUAUCAAGCCUUCAUUCGUGACAGUCAGGAUUCUGAACUUUUUGGCGCCGAUGAUCGCCUGCAGGCUGAGAGCAGUUACGGCAAAGCCACUCAACACUACGAUAACCUGCUGCAGUCAGUUGAACAAGGAGAACAAGAUGAGUCGGUGUGCAAAAGCUACAUUACCCAGAUUAAAGACCUGAGAUUGAGACUGGAGGGUUGUGAGACCAGGACUGUCACUCGUCUUAGACAACUAAUGGACAAGGAGCCUCUCAAAGCUUGCGCACAGAGGACCAAAGAACAAAUGAAAGUACAGACCGAGUUGGAAGGUCUAAAGAAAGAUCUGGACAAGAUGGUGGAAAAGAGUGAAGAGGUGCUGGCAACAUCUCAGCGUUCCAGUUCUGCCCCUGUUCUACGCUCAGAGAUUGACAUCACCCAGAAAAAGAUGGACCACGUCUACAGUCUUUCAUCUGUGUAUCUAGACAAGUUGAAGACCAUUCACAUGGUAAUCCGCAGCACACAGGGAGCCGAGGACGUUCUCAACAAGUAUGAGAACCAGCUGCGAGACGUGAACAAAGUUCCUGUUAAUGAGAAGGCAGUCGAGGCCGACAAAACGCAGCUGCAGAUACUGCGCUCAGAAGCCGAGGGGAAUCAGGCCACCUUUGACCACCUGGAUGAAGAGCUUCAGAGGGCUGUAGCGGUGAACGACCAAAUGUCUCAGCUUCACAGCGAGCGUGAUGUGGAGCUGGAGCAGUAUAGGCAGCUGGUGGUCAACCUGAGGGAACGCUGGCAGGCCGUGUUUGCUCAGAUCGAGCUCAGAGACCGAGAGCUUGAUCUGUUGAGGAGGCAGAUGCAGACCUACAGGCAGAGCUACGACUGGCUUAUUCGCUGGAUAGCCGAUGCCAAGCAGAGGCAGGACAAGCUUCACGCUGUGCCGAUUGGCAACAACAAAGCCCUACAAGAACAGCUGGCCCAGGAAAAGAAACUACUUGAAGAGAUUGAAAAGAAUAAGGACAAGGUGGAUGAGUGUCAUAAAUAUGCCAAAGUCUACAUUGAUGCCAUAAAGGAUUAUGAGCUUCAGCUGAUGACAUAUAAAGCUGUGGUUGAGCCCAUCGCUUCUCCUAUGAAGAAAGCCAAAAUGGAGUCUUCCUCUGAUGAUGUCAUCCAAGAGUAUGUGACUUUGAGAACACGCUACAGUGAGCUACUGACUCUGUCAAGCCAAUACAUUAAAUUCAUUAUAGAAACACAGCGCCGCCUAGAGGAUGAGGAGAAAGCUGCUGAAAGACUUAAGGAGGAAGAGAGGAAAAAACUUUCAGAGAUGCAGGCAGAGCUAGAAAAGCAAAGACAGUUAGCUGAAUCUCACGCAAAGGCUAUUGCCAAAGCAGAACAAGAGGCCAAUGAGCUGAAAAUGAAGAUGAAAGACGAAGUCAACAAACGUCAGGACGUCGCUGUCGAUGCUGAGAAACAGAGGCAGAAUGUCCAGCGCGAGCUUCAGGAGCUCAAAAGUCUUUCGGAGCAAGAAAUCAAGUCCAAGACACAACAGGUGGAGGAAGCUCUCAUAAGCCGGACCAGAAUUGAGGAAGAAAUCCAUAUAAUACGAAUCCAGCUAGAGACGACAAUGAAACAGAAAUCCUCUGCUGAAAAAGAGCUUCAGCAGCUAAGGGGCAAUGCAGAAGAAGCAGACAAACUUCUAAAGGCAGCCCAGGAAGAGGCAGAUAAGCUUCGAAAGCAAGUUGCUGAAGAGACUCAAAAGAAAAGCAAGGCGGAAGAGGAGCUUAAACUGAAAUCUGCAGCAGAGAAGCAGGCCGCCAAAGAGAAGAAGAAGGCCCUUGAGGAUCUGGAGAAGUUCAAGCUCCAAGCGCAAGAAGCCGAGAGGCACAUGAAGCAAGCAGAGCUGGAAAAGCAGAGGCAGAUUCAAGUGGUAGAAGAGGUGGCUAAGAAGACUGCAGCCACUGAGCUUGAAAGUAAACAGUUGUCACUGACAGCCAAACUGGAAGAGUCACUGAAACAUGAGCAUGUGAUGGUCGUUCAGCUUCAGGAGGAGGCAGAGCACCUGAAGAAGCAGCAAGCCGAAGCAGAUAAGGCAAGAGAGCAGGCUGAGAAGGAACUAGAAAUGUGGAGACAGAAAGCUAAUGAAGCUCUUCGUCUUCGCCUUAAGGCAGAAGAAGAGGCCAACAAGAAAACUGCAGCUCAAGAGGAUGCGGAAAAACAGAAAGAGGAGGCCGAACGGGAGGCAAAGAAAAGGGCAAAAACUGAGGAUGCUGCACUCAAACAGAAAGAGAUUGCAGAGAAGGAACUUGAGAAUCAAAGGAAGAAGGCUGAAGAAACCGCCCAACAAAAGCUCGCAGCUGAGCAAGAACUCAUUAGGUUAAGAGCAGAUUUUGAACAUGCUGAGCAACAGAGAUCAGUCUUGGAUGAUGAGCUCCAACGUCUCAAAAAUGAGGUCAAUUCUGCUGUUCAGCAGAAGAAGGAGCUGGAGGAGGAAUUGAUCAAAGUCAGAAAGGAGAUGGAGAUUCUUCUGAAGCUGAAAUUGAAGGCUGAGAAGGAGUCUACGUCAAGCACUGAAAAGAGCAAACAACUACUUGAAUCUGAGGCUGCAAAGAUGAGGGAACUUGCAGAGGAGGCAACUAAGCUGAGGUUAGUUGCAGAAGAGGCAAAGAAACAGAGGCAGCUUGCAGAGGACGAAGCGGCUCGCCAGAGAGCAGAGGCUGAGAAGAUCCUCAAAGAAAAGUUAGCAGCUAUCGACGAAGCGACACGAUUGAAAGCCGAAGCUGAGAUCGCAUUGAAAGAGAAGGAAGCUGAAAAUGACCGUCUAAAGAGAAAAGCUGAAGAGGAGGCUUACCAGAGAAAAGCCCUCGAAGAUCAAGCAGCUCAGCACAAGCAAGCGAUCGAAGAAAAGAUAGAUCAGUUGAAGAAGUCCUCAGACACUGAACUAGACAGGCAAAAGAAAAUUGUGGAAGAAACAUUGACGCAGAGGAAAAUAGUGGAGGAGGAGAUCCACAUUCUGAAGCUUAAAUUUGAAAAGGCUUCAACUGGCAAGCAGGACCUUGAACUUGAGCUUAACAAACUGAAGAGCAUUGCCGAUGAGACUCAGAAGAGCAAAGCAAAGGCAGAGGAAGAUGCAGAGAAAUUUAGAAGACUUGCUUUGGAAGAAGAGGAGAAAAGAAAAGCAGCAGAGGAGAAGGUAAAGAAAAUCCAAGCUGCGGAACAAGAGGCAGCAAGGCAGCACAAAGCUGCUCAAGAGGAGGUUGAACGUCUUAAUAAGAAAGCAGAUGAGGCUAAAAAGCAGCAAGAGAUUGCAGAAAAGGAAGCAGAGAAACAGAUCCUUUUAGCCAAAGAAGCCUCACAGAAAUAUACUGCUGCUGAGCAGAAAUCACAGACCAUUCUUCUCCAACAAAAUAAAGAUACCAAGGACCAGGAUAAACUUAAGGAAGAGUUUGAUAAGGCAAAGAAACUGGCAGAAGAUGCAGAAAAGGCUAAAGAAAAGGCAGAGAAAGAGGCUGCCCUUUUGCAGAAGAAAGCAGAAGAAGCUGAGCGUCAAAAGCAGGCUGCUGAGGCUGAAGCUGCCAAACAGGCCAAAGCCCAGGAAGAUGCUGAAAAACUAAGAAAAGAAGCUGAGAAAGAAGCUUCCAGGCGGGCUGAGGCAGAGGCUGCUGCUCUAAAACAAAGGCAAGAGGCAGAUGCUGAGAUGGCCAAGUAUAAACAGCUUGCGGAAAAGACCUUAAAUCAAAAGUCUCAGGUUGAAAAAGAGUUGGCGGAGGUUAAAUUGCAACUGGAUAACACAGACAAACAAAAAUCUAUCCUUGAUGAUGAACUUAAGCGACUUAAACAAGAGGUCAGUGAUGCUGUGAACCAAAAAGCUCAAGUAGAAGAUGAGCUCUCCAAAGUUAAGAUUCAGAUGGAGGAAUUACUAAAACUGAAACUUAAAAUUGAAAAGGAAAACCAAGAGCUUAUGAAGAAAGAUAAAGACAACACUAAGAAACUUCUUGAGGAGGAGGCUGAGAACAUGAAAAAGUUGGCAGAGGAGGCAGCAAGGCUCAAUGUCGAGGCUCAGGAAGCUGCAAGAUUUCGACAAAUUGCCGAAUCAGAUCUCGCCAAACAGAGGGAACUGGCCGAUAAGAUGCUUGAGGAGAAAAAGCAGGCCAUUCAGGAGGCAAUGAAACUAAAGGCUCAAGCUGAGAACCUUCAGAAACAGAAAGAUCAAGCUCAGGUAGAAGCCCAAAAGUUGUUGGAGGCCAAAAAAGAGAUGCAGCAGCGACUGGAACAGCAGACCGAAGGUUUCCAGAAAUCUUUAGAAGCUGAACGCAAACUACAAUCAGAAAUUACAGCAGAAGCUGAAAAACUAAAGAUCAAGGUGGCACAGUUAAGUGAUGCUCAGUCCAAAGCAGAAGAGGAAGCCAAAAAAUUCAAGAAACAAGCAGAUGAAAUCAAAGCCCGUAUGCUGGAGACAGAAAAAGUUACUUCAGAAAAACACGUCGUUGUUGAGAAACUGGAGGUACAGAGGCUGCAGAGCACAAAAGAGGCUGAUGAUCUGCAUAAAGCAAUAGCAGAACUUGAAAAAGAAAAGGAAAAACUGAGAAAAGAAGCUGCUGAGUUACAAAAACAGUCAAAAGAGAUGGCUAACGUGCAACAAGAACAAUUACAGCAGGAGAAGUCUAUACUCCAGCAAACUUUCCUUGCAGAAAAAGACACAUUGCUGAAAAAGGAAAAAGCCAUUGAGGCGGAGAAGAAGAAGCUGGAAAAGCAAUUUGAAGAUGAAGUGAAGAAGGCAGAGGCUCUUAAAAAUGAACAGGAACGUCAGAAAAAGCAGAUGGAUGAGGAAAAGAAGAAACUCCAGUCUGCCAUGGAUGCUGCUCUCAAAAAGCAAAAGGAGGCUGAGGAAGAGAGGCAGAAAAAGCAAAAAGAGAUGCAAGAGCUUGAAAAGAAGAGAAUUGAGCAAGAGAAACUUCUUGCCGACGAAAACAAGAACUUGAAGGAAAAACUCAAGCAGCUUCAGAGUUCACAAAAGCCAUCCGACACCAAGGAAAUAGAGAUCCAAACUGAUCACGUCCCAGAAGAAGAAUUAGUUCAAGUGACUAUGGUAGGAACAACAAAGAAGGUCCUUAAUGGCUCUACAGAUGUGGAUGGUGUGAAAAAAGAUGCACCGCUGGCCUUUGACGGAAUCAGAGAGAAGGUUCCUGCGAGCAGGCUUCACGAAAUUGGUGUGCUUAGCAAAAAAGAAUUUGACAAGCUUAAGAAAGGCAAAACCACAGUGCAAGAUCUUUCCAAAAACGACAAAGUCAAGAUGUGCCUAAAAGGUAAAGAUUCAAUUGGUGGUGUAAUAGUUGAACCCAAUCAGAAAAUGAGUAUCUACCAAGCUUUAAAAGACAAGAAGAUUACACAAAGCACCGCUAUGAUGCUUCUCGAAGCUCAGGCUGCAUCGGGUUACAUAAUUGACCCCAUCAAGAACAGAAGACUGUCUGUCAAUGAAGCUGUGAAAGAUGGUGUGGUUGGACCUGAGUUACACACCAAAUUGUUGUCUGCUGAAAGGGCUGCCACAGGAUUCAAAGAUCCCUUCACUGGUGAUACAAUUUCACUGUUUGAAGCCAUGAAGAAAGGUUUGAUUGCGGAGGACCAGGCCAGAAAGCUUCUUGAUUCUCAAUAUGCAACUGGUGGAAUAAUCGAUCCAGUCAAUAGUCACCGUGUGUCAGUCCAAACAGCAUGCACACAGGGUCAACUGGAUGAUGAUCUAGGCAAAAUUCUGUCCAGUCCUCCUGCUGACAAGAAAUCAUUUAUAGACCCCAACACUCAGGAUAGCUUCACUUAUUCUGAGUUACUGGAAAGAUGCAAACCAGAUCCUGACACAGGCCUUCCAUUACUACCUAUCACAGAGAAAGCAGGACAAAUUGAAAGCACUUACACAGAUGAGGAAACUAAAGAUAUAUUUAGCAAGACAAGUGUAUCAAUUCCAUUUGGAAGAUUUAAAGGAAAGACUGUGACCAUCUGGGAAGUCAUCAAUUCAGAAUACUUCACUGUGGAACAAAGAAAAGAUCUCAUCCGUCAGUACAAGACAGGCAAAAUUACAGUUGAAAAAAUUAUCAAGAUUGUAAUAACUGUUGUAGAGGACAAGGAGAACAAGAAGGAACCUGCCUUUGAAGGUUUGAGGUCAUCUGUGCCUGCGACAGAACUUCUGGAAGCGAAGAUUAUUAAUAAAGACUUAUUCAACAAGUUACAUAAUGGCAAAGCUACUAUUAAAGAGGUAUCUGAGCUGGAGCCUGUUAAGAAAGCCCUGCAGGGCACACACAGUAUUGCUGGAGUGCUUGUUGAAUCAACUAAGGAGACAAUGUCUUUCUACGAAGCCAUGAAGAAGGACAUCAUUAGAACAGAGCCUGCAAUAGACCUUUUAGAGUCUCAGGCUGGAACUGGCUUCAUUAUUGAUCCAGUGAAGAACCAAAAGCUUACUGUUGAUGAAGCAGUAAAAAGUGGUGUUGUUGGCCCAGAGCUCCAUGAGAAAUUGCUGUCGGCAGAAAGAGCAGUUUGUGGUUACAAAGAUCCAUAUACUGGUAAAACGGUAUCCCUCUUUGAGGCAAUGCAAAAAGAUCUCAUUAAGAAAGACCAAGGAGUCCGACUCCUGGAAGCUCAACUUGCCACCGGAGGAAUCAUUGACCCAGAGAAAAGUUACCGCAUCGCUCAAGAUGUUGCAUGUAAACGUGGUUACCUUAAUGAAGAGAUGAACAAAACUUUAAGUAGCCCAUCUGACUCCAGCACAGUAUUUGUUGACCCCAACACACAAGAAAAUGUCACUUACGCUGAAUUGCUUAAAAGAUGUAUCACAGAUAAACAGACUGGCCUCCCGUUACUUCCAAUCUCAGAAAAGGCGGUCAAGUCAAAAGAAAAAGAAAACGAACCUCUUUCUGACACCCAAACUAAAGACUCAUUGAGUCAUGCCACAGUAGAGUUACACAGUGCUUUUUAAGGAAGAAAGGUCACCAUAUGGGAAAUUAUCAACUCUGAAUAUUUAACAGAGGAACAAAGGAUUUAUUUUAUUCAACAGUAUAGAUCAGGAAAAGUGACUAUUGAAAAACUAAUCACCAUAAUGAUCACAACGGUGGAUGAAAAAGAAAAGAAGAGGAAGGAGGAUAGCUGAGGUUUAAGAGGACCUGUAACAGCCAGUUCCUUGUUUGAAUCUAAAAUCAUUGACAAAGAUACAUAUGAUUUGCUCCAACAAGGCAAAAAGAAACCUGCAGAGGUUGGUGAAACUGAAUCGGUCAAACGCUACUUGCAAGGAUCUGACUGUAUUACUGGAGUAUUUGUGGAAAAUACUAAAGAAAAACUUAGCAUUUACCAAGCGAUGAAGCAGAAACUACUAACACCAGACACAGGUCUGCCCUUGCUUGAGGCUCAAGCAGCUACUGGGUACAUAAUUGAUCCCAUCAGAAAUGAGAGGUUCACAGUAGACGAUGCUGUAAAGGCUGGCCUUAUCGGUCCAGAGCUACACGAGAAACUACUAUCAGCCGAGAAAGCUGUUACUGGUUACAAAGACCCAUACACUGGCAAUAAGAUCUCUCUUCUUCAAGCAAUGCAGAAACAACUUGUUCUUAGAGAACAUGCCAUACCUCUUCUAGAUGCUCAGGAGGCCACUGGAGGAAUAAUCGAUCCGGUAAAUAGCCAUCGCCUUCCUAAUGAUAUAGCCAUUCAGCGUGGAUAUUUCAGCAAGCAGUUGGUUAAAUCUUUCAAAGAGCCCACAGAUGACAUCAAAUGUUUCACUGACCCCAACAAAGAUGAGAGUGUCACAUAUAAACAACUGAUAGAAAGGUGCAUGGUCGAUCCAGACUUGGGAAUUUGCCUAUUACCACUCUCUAAAGCAGAGGCUCCAAAGCAAGCUGAGAAAUCUUACGUUUACACUGAGGAACAAGCACAAGAAGACUGGGCUAACACUCAAGUGGAUAUACCACAUGAAAGUUUUGCAGGGAAACAAGUGACAUUAUGGGAGGUCAUGAAGUCAGAUUUGCUCCCAGAUGAUGAAAGACAAAGGCUCAUUGAACAGUACCGCUCAGGAAGAAUCACUAAAGAAAGAAUGAUCAUCAUUAUAAUUGAAAUCAUCGAACAAAGAGAGAUCAUCAAGACUGAGCAAAGCAUGUCAUGCGAUGUAAUCAGACGCCGGGUAACCAUCGAUGAACUUUACAGAGCUCGUAUUAUAGACCUUGAAACUUACAACCUGCUUAAACAAGGUAAGAAAACCACCCGGGAAAUCAUGGAGAUGCCUUCUGUAAAGCAGUACCUCUUUGGAACCGGCAGCAUUGCUGGAGUACUCUCAGACAAUAACGCUAAGGUUAGCAUCUAUCAAGCCAUGAAGAGAGGUCUCAUCAAACCUGAAAUUGGCAUUAAUCUGUUGGAAGCACAAGCAGCAACAGGAUUUAUCAAUGACCCUGUGAAGGACGAAUUAUUAACAGUUGAUGAGGCUGUCCGGAAGGGUGUUGUUGGCCCAGAGAUGCAUGACAAACUUUUGUCCGCUGAGAGAGCAGUCACGGGUUACAAAGAUCCUUACAGUGGUAAAGUGAUUUCUCUAUUCCAAGCCAUGAAAAAAGACCUGGUUCCUGAGGAUUAUGCAUUAAAGCUUUUGGAGGCCCAAGAAGCAACAGGUGGCCUAAUGGAUCCAGAGUUCUAUUUCCGCCUUCCAACUGAUAUUGCCAUGCAGCGUGGAUACAUCAACAAGGAAACCUGUGAGAGGAUAUCUGAUCCGAAUGGCGAUGUUAAAUAUUUUACAGAUCCAACAACAGAUGAAACAAUCUCCUAUGCACUACUUCGCAAAAGAUGCAAAGUUGAUAAAGAGAGCGGCCUAAGAUUAUUGUCUCUGGCAGACAAAAAGCUUCUGUUUAAAGGACUAAGAAAGCAGAUCACCGUAGAUGAGCUGUUGCGCUCUCAAAUCAUUGAUCAGAAGACCUACACAGCAUUGAUGGAGGGUACCAUUUCUGUAGAGGACCUCAGUAAAGACCUGAAGAAAUAUCUUGAAGGCAUCAGCUCUAUUGCAGGUGUGUAUGUAGAAGCUACUAAAGAUCGGCUGUCAGUCUACCAAGCAAUGAAAAAGAACAUGAUCAGACCAGGCACGGCAUUUGAACUUCUGGAAGCUCAGGCAGCUACUGGGUAUGUCAUCGAUCCAAUCAAAAAUCUAAAAAUGAAUGUCCAAGAAGCUGUGAAAACAGGAGUUGUUGGACCAGAAUUUAAAGACAAACUUCUCUCAGCUGAGCGAGCUGUAACUGGCUACAAAGAUCCAUACUCUGGCAAGGUGAUCUCUCUGUUCCAGGCUAUGAAAAAAGGUCUCAUACUAAAAGACCACGGUAUCCGUCUGCUCGAGGCUCAGAUAGCCACAGGGGGAAUUAUUGAUCCUGAAGAGAGUCAUCGGCUACCUGUUGAAGUUGCCUACAAACGGGGUCUAUUUGAUGAGGAGAUGAAUAACAUUCUUACGGAUCCAUCUGAUGACACUAAGGGGUUCUUCGAUCCAAACACAGAGGAGAAUUUGACCUACCUCCAGCUGAUGGAACGCUGCAUAACAGACACUGAAACUGGACUCUCUCUUUUACUGCUGAAAGAAAAGAAACGAGAAAGAAAGACCUCCUCCAAGUCCUCAGUGCGCAAACGAAGAGUUGUGAUUGUAGAUCCUGAAACAGGAAAAGAAAUGUCUGUGUAUGAAGCAUACCGCAAAGGACUCAUUGACCAUCAAACGUAUAUUGAGCUUGCAGAGCAAGAAUGUGAAUGGGAGGAAGUUACCACCUCAUCAUCUGAUGGUGUCGUCAAGUCUAUGAUCACUGACAGAAGGUCUGGGCGGCAGUAUGACAUUGACGAUGCCAUCUCUAAAGGCCUCAUUGACCAGUCCGCUUUGGACCAGUACCGUGCUGGUACUCUCUCCAUUACUGAAUUUGCAGACAUGCUCUCUGGUAAUAUGAGCGGCUCCAGAUCACGUUCGUCUUCCUUUGGAUCCAGUUCUUCCUAUACCAUGAGCCCAGUUCCCUCCAUAAAGACCCCCGCUACAACCUGGAGUGAUCCAACAGAGGAAACUGGACCUGUGGCUGGAAUUCUAGAUACAGAUACUUUGGAAAAGGUGUCGGUCACAGAGGCUAUGCAUCGAAAUUUGGUCGACAACAUCACUGGUCAAAGACUCCUAGAAGCACAAGCAUGCACAGGAGGAAUUAUUGACCCAAACACUGGAGAAAAAUUCACUGUUGCUGAUGCAGUGAACAAAGGAUUGGUGGACAAGUUAAUGGUUGACCGUAUCAACUUGGCUCAGAAAGCUUUUCAGGGAUUUGAAGAUCCAAGAACCAAAACCAAAAUGUCAGCCGCUCAAGCCUUAAAGAAGGGCUGGCUCUAUUAUGAAGCUGGCCAACGGUUCCUUGAAGUCCAGUACUUAACAGGUGGAUUAAUUGAACCAGAUGUUGCAGGAAGAGUAUCACUGGAUGAUGCCACCAGGAAGGGCACCCUAGAUGCACGCACCGCACAGAAACUGAGAGACGUCAGUGCAUACUCCAAAUACCUCACCUGCCCCAAAACCAAACUCAAAAUCUCAUACAAGGAUGCCAUGGACCGAAGCAUGAUAGAGGAAGGAUCUGGUCUGCGUUUGCUCGAAGCUUCCUCUCAAUCAAGUAAAGGCCUUUACAGCCCAUAUAGCGUCAGUGGUUCUGGAUCAACCUCGGGCUCUAGGUCCGGAUCUAGAACCGGUUCAAGAUCAGGCUCUAGAAGGGGAAGUUUUGAUGCUACAAGCUCAGGUUUCACCAUGAGUUUUUCUUCAACCUACAGCCCCACAACCUACGGUCGCCGUUAUGAUUCAGGGGCACAUGGUGGACUUCAACUGGAUGAGCUAAAGCAGGCACUUACAGCUUUGGCAUCAGGCAGGAACUGUUGCUAUGAGGAAACGAAAUUAUUCACAUUAUCACAAACCCAGUCUUCCUUAGUUGCUUAAUUUAUGUACAAAAAGGACAUUUAUCCUGCUCUGCAUGAUAUUGCUAAUGGGCUUUUCACUGAUGGGUAUGAUAUUGCUAAGUGAGACUGGCUUCAAUACCGUGUUACGCUUUUUAUAAGUUUAGCCUUUUCUCUUAAUUUCUUGUUGACAUGACAAUAUGCUGAAACUAUAUCAUAUACAGUUUAUUCUGCAAAGCAUUCAUGGCAACGCAAACAUAUAUGGAUUUUAUAUUUUUUAUUUAGUUAUUAGCAGUGUUAAAUACUUUUAUCGUCUUUUUUUGUAUUAUGUAUUUUUCCUUGUACUACAAAACUGGCACAUGAACAGUAAUAUCUAAAAGCUGCAAGAAUGUUAAGGCAUCUUUGAGAGGAUAUAUGAUGAUGCUUUAAAUGAGGUAAAAGUUAUUAUGUUUUUUGUCUAUUUGUCUAAAGGAUCCCGUCUGUAUAUUUUAGAUUGUAUUUUAACACUGAACGUUUUAACACUAUAAGCCAGCAUUAUAAAAUUAGUGGUUGACUAUCUGCAGAGCAGAAUAAGGUUCAUGUAGACUUGCGAUCAUGAAAAUAAACAAAAUAUUACACAUCUUGGCAACACUGCCAUACACAUUAUUCAUACAAUUUUUCAUUACUCAAAACUGGAAUAUAAUUAACUUUUAACUAUGCAGUCUUACUAGGUACUGUAAAUCAAAGUAGUCUCACCAGUCCUACGGCCAUCUUACAAGCUGCACAUUUAGUGUAAACAUACAGAUAGAUGACUUUUAAAAGCCAAAAUGAUCACAUUCAAUCACGUGCUAUCUAUCUUUUAACUCUGGUCUUACGAAUGGGACCUUGCACCUUAAUUCUUGUUUGAUGAAUAAAUUACUUUUUUAAGUGUAAUUAAUGGGCACCUAAAAGAUAAAGCCUAAAGUCAAUACUUAUAUUUCAUUGCAGAUUCUGUGAUUAUACAGAACUUAAUGAUGUAAAAGUGUAUUGUUUAUAGUACCAUCAAAGUGCUAUGAUAGCAAAAUGUAUUAUUGGAAAACCAUUCCUUUAUAUUGAUAUAAUAAUACUAACUAAUUUAAUGUCAAUUUACAAGCCUUUUUGCAGAAAAGCUCAUCGGUGUAUAGCUUUCAAUAUUCUUUAUCUUAUGUCUUAUUUUACUGUGUCAGGGAUUAAGGUAUUAAGUAAUAAUGUAGAUUUAAAGACACGGUUAAUGAUGAUAAAUUGGCAUCUGGCAUACAAUACUAAAGAUUGUAUUUUUACAACACCGCAAUCAUUAAUGUCCAGACUACCUCCUCUUUAAAUUCACCUUCAUUUAUGUUCAUUAUAGUCAUAAUUUCGAGUCACGUAAUAUCUUUAACUGCCACUUGAAGUUAACUAUAGUUAGUGUCUAUACACUGUAAAUUGCAGCAAGUCAAUUCAACCAACUAUUUAAAGUGACUUAAAUGAUAAAAACAAGUUGAAAUGGUUUAACUUGGUUUGUUAAGUUAAAGUAACACAAAAAUAUAUGUUGAUUUGAUGUCAUUUUUACAGUGUAGAUCAGAAGAUUCACAAGCAGUGUGAUCUUUCAACCAACAAACAUGUUCUACUACCUUUAUUUAUGCUCCAUUUCCAGCUUUGCUUUUGCAUUGCUUGUUUGAUAUAAUUGCAAGAUUCAGUAUAGAUAAAUAUGUUGAUGUGUAGAAGGGUAGGUCAGACUGGUAAACUGGUCAAUAUGGACACUAAAUCAGAAAUCGCUUUGUUCUUAUGACAUCCUUUCUGUAAGCCAGCAGUAACUUAUACAACACAAUGAUUACAGUACUUGUGUAUUGUUAUAGACAAGCGUUUAAAAUCAUUCACGGUCUCUGUACUUCAACAAAAUAUGCACAUAUCUAAAGCUGCUGGUGUUUAAAUGCAAACUAAGAAAAAGACUGUAUUGAAAAGCAAAUGAAGAAUCUGCUAGUCACCCUAAUGCAAACUGUACUGUAAGUCAUCACAUUAUUUUCAUUUUUUAUUAUAUGUUUUGCUUUUUUGUUUUACUAACAUGGUUAAAGGAUGCAAUAUGAGCAAUUGUAUUCAACAAAGUUUUUAAAGCUUUUUGAGUGCUAUUUUGAAUGCAUGAUCUGAGUAUGGUGUUGACGACAAAAAAUGUUAAUAUGCUAUGUAAAUAAACUAAUCUGCUGUAA